GAAAAGCUGAAGGACGGCAUCAGUACCAAGGACCAAGAGAUCAAAGACUGCCAAUAUAUUUUCAAACCCAUCUUUGCCUCUGCUAAAAUGGUAAUCAACCCGAGUGCUGAGAUUGAGCUGAAGUCUCCCAAAGCCAGCCUGCAUCUGGAGGUUCAGAAUGUAGCAGUAGAGAUGACCAGACCACAGUACCUAACCAUGGUGGACCUGCUAGAGUCUAUAGACUGUAUGGUGAAGAAUGGACCCUACAGGAAGUUCAGACCUGAUGUACCUGUACACACAAAUGCCAAGCACUGGUGGAAGUACAGUAUGAACAGCAUCCUGGACGUUCACAUCAGACGUUUCAACCGGAUGUGGUCGUGGUCCAACAUCCGGAAGCACCGCCUCACUCUGAAGACCUACAGGGCAGCCUACAAGGCCAAACUACUGACAACACAGGGUAAACUCAGAGAGGACCAAGAGAAGCAGAUACAGGACCUGGAGAAGAGCCUGGAUGUCUUCAACAUCACGUUGGCCCGGCAACAAGCACAGAUGGAGGUGAUCCGGUCAGGGCAGAAGGUGGUAGCUAAGAAGGCUGUGGCCGGCCAGAAGCAGGGAGGAGGGUUUUUCAGCAGCUUCUUUGGAAGGAAGGAAGGGAAGAAGAAAGAGCAGGAACAGGAAACCCAAGAGGAAGAGGGUUCAGGCAUUGAAGAGUUGAUGUCUGCUGAUGAGAAGGCUAAACUCUACACGGCCAUCGGAUACAGUGGUAGUUCUCACAACCUGGCCUUACCCAAGCAGUACGUGUCAGUGGUGGUGACCUUCAAGCUGUUCCGUACGUCCAUCACGGUGAGGGAGGAGCCCAACGUCCCAGAGAUCCUGAAGAUCCAGAUGAUCGACCUCAGCACCACCGUGUCCCAGAGACCCGGGGCGCAGGCCAUCAAGGUGGAGGCAGCGUUAGAACACUGGUACGUAACAGGGUUGGAACAGCAGGGAGCUGUCCCCUCUCUCAUAGCGUCAGUAGGGGACUCCACCUCCUCUCUGCUCUCCAUCCUGUUUGAAGUCAACCCAGAGGACAGUGUUGCAGAGCAGCUGCUCAGAGUCCACUCCCAGCCUGUAGAGAUCAUCUAUGACUCGUUGACAGUGAACAGCAUGGCAGAGUUCUUUAAGACAGGGAAGGGAGUGGACCUGGAGGUGUUGACUUCAGCUACUCUCUCCAAGCUGGAGGAGAUUAAGGACAAGACAGCCACUGGUCUGUCUCACAUCAUUGAGACCCGGAAGAUUCUGGACCUGAAGAUUGACCUAAAGCCUUCAUACCUGCUGGUGCCUAAGUCUGGCUUCUACCACGCCAAGUCUGACCUGAUGAUCAUAGACUUUGGUAGUCUACAGCUGUUGAGUGUGGACCAGGGAAACCCCCAGUCUUUAUCACCCAGUUUCAGUUCCCUGGAGGAGAUUAUGGACCGUGCCUACGAGAAGUACUCACUGGAGCUACGAAGUGUCCAGGUCCUUUACAGCAAGUCAGGUGAGGAGUGGAAGACGGCCCGUCAACGUGGUUCCUCUGUACAGCACAUCCUGCAGCCCAUGGACUUCAGCCUCCAGCUGGCCAAAUGCAUGGUGGAGAAGGACACCAGGAUGCCCAGAUUAAAGGUGUCUGGAGAACUGCCUCUCCUCCAUGUGAAGAUCUCAGACCAGAAGAUCCAGGGAGUGUUGGACCUGGUCAACAGCAUCCCCCUGCCCCAGAGGGAUUCCACCCCUUCCACCCCCACCCAGAAGAUGCUGUGUUUGUCUGAGGCCAGGCCCAACGUCCUGGGUUUACAGCCCACCGUCCUGCUGGAUGCAUUAGAGACAGACUCAGAUGGAGAGUCAUAUUAUAUGUCUGUGGAUGAGGAGCACCAACCCUCCGUCAUAGAGGAACUGACUGACGUACACUUCAAGUUUGAAGUCAAAGCGGUACGAAACUCCAACAACCAGCCUCUGCACCUGAUCAGCUCCUCAGACAAACACGGCUCAGACCUGCUCAAAGUGGAGUACACCAAAGCUGAUAUCAACGGGCCUAAUUUCCAGACAACGUUUGACAACACUGAGCAAAACCUGAAGGUGGAGUUGUCGUCUCUAGACUUUCUCCUCCACACCAAAGCGCUCCUCUCCACCAUCAACUAUCUGACCACAGCCGUACCCCAGGAGCUGACAGCCUCCAAGGACAGAGAGGCCAAGAAACAGGUGGAGAAGGCUGGACAGGGGAAGACAGUGUCUAAAGGACCAACAGACAGCAAUGUGGUCACCUUCAAACUGUCUGCUGAACUGGGUUCAUUCCGUGUGGAGGUGUGUGAUGACCGCGGAACAUCGCUGACAUCACAAUACAAGUGUAUGAACAGUGUAUGA